CCCGGGCCGGAAGCGCCGCGGUCUCGCUGGCGUGGCCGCGGACAUGUGCAGGAUGUCCUUCAAGAAGGAAACUCCACUUGCCAACGCCGCCUUCUGGGCAGCAAGGAGAGGCAACCUGGCCCUGCUUAGGCUGUUGCUGAACAGCGGUCGAGUGGAUGUGGACUGCAGGGACAGUCAUGGCACCACGCUCCUCAUGGUCGCCUCCUAUGCUGGUCACAUAGACUGUGUGAGGGAACUGGUUCUGCAAGGAGCAGACAUCAAUCUCCAGAGAGAGUCAGGUACAACUGCCCUGUUCUUUGCUGCCCAGCAAGGACAUAAUGACGUUGUGAGAUUUCUCUUUGAGUUUGGAGCAUCCACUGAAUUUAGGACCAAAGAUGGGGGCACGGCCCUGUUGGCUGCCAGCCAGUAUGGACACAAGCGGGUGGUAGAGACGCUGCUGAAGCAUGGAGCCGACAUCCACGACCAACUCCACGAUGGAGCCACUGCCCUCUUCCUCGCCGCCCAAGGUGGUUACUUGGAUGUGAUUCGACUGUUGUUGUCCUCAGGAGCAAAAGUCAACCAGCCAAGGCAGGACGGGACCGCACCACUGUGGAUCGCGUCGCAGAUGGGCCACAGCGAGGUGGUGAGGGUGAUGCUGUUGCGCGGAGCAGACCGGGAUGCCGCCCGCAACGAUGGUACAACAGCAUUGCUCAAAGCAGCCAACAAAGGAUAUAAUGAUGUUAUAGAAGAGCUGCUGAAAUUCUCACCCACCCUUGGCAUUUUGAAGAAUGGGACGUCGGCCCUCCACGCGGCAGUGCUCAGUGGGAAUAUUAAAACAGUCGCACUGCUCCUGGAAGCAGGGGCGGACCCAGCCCUGAGAAACAAGGCAAAUGAACUUCCAGCAGAACUAACCAAAAAUGAGCGUAUACUGCGUCUCCUCCGAAGUAAAGAAGGACAUAGGAAGAGCUAACUUAGUUCCAUAUUCAACUGAAAGAUAGAAACCCUAAUCACAUUGUCCAAAAAGAAGUUGCUUUUCAAAUAGUGUUGGAAAUUCCUUGAAGCAAGGAAAUGCCCAGAAUAUCCACCCUGGAUCCCUGACCAAGGGGAGCUGGGCUCUGUGCCCCGAGUCAAGAACAGAAAGGCUCUGGGACCCCUUACCCUCACAUGAACUUCUCAUGCUGGCCUUUAACCCCACCGCUGUGGGGCCUGGCAGAUUCGUGGAGUCCACAGAAACUCAUUUUAAACCACACUAAGUUGGGUCUCUCGGUUAAACUCUUAGAGUUAAACCAUGGAAGAGGUUUAAACAAGAUGACAAAAGCCUUUAAAAGACUGAAAGUCUGAUCUUCAGUGAAUCAAAGCACUUCUGCUUUUGCAUUAAUUGUAAGUGUGCUAAAAGAUAUAGUUCCCUUGCAUUUUACACAUAGAUGUAUGUUAUUCCAGUGUAAAAUGUUUUCUUCUACCCAAAGAUCGUAACCAUGUUGAUUUGGAAGCAAUGAUGUAUAAAUUCACAUUAAAGAGCCACUUCUGACAUUCCAUGAUGUGAUUUUCCAAGAUGGACUAUUGAACUAUAAAAAAGACAGAUUGUUUAUUUGUGAGGUGAUCCUCAUCUCAUUCCUAACACAUUAAAAAAAAAAAUCAUUUUUACCUAGAAUCAAUAUUGUAGGUACGGUAAGAUGUAUGUGGCAAAUUUGGAAACUCAGAAAAUUACAGGAAAUUUAGGCUUUGUCUUUUUGAACUUUUAUUUUGGUUCUCUUGUUGGGAGUCUGCUCCCCAUGCCAUAACUUGGUAGCCUUAAUAAGCUGUGCAAUCCUGUUGCUUGACACAAUGACUUUGAGGUCCUUGGAUGAAAUGUCAUAUGCUAGUACAAUAUGUUGCUAUUCUAUUGCAGGAGUAUAAGCAAUAAAAUACUGUCAUUAGUAUUUAAUAAUGUUCAUCUAUGCAUGUUCUUGAGCUGAUUGAUUUCAAAAAAGAAACCCAAGUUUUAAUGAAUUAUUUCUUGAAGGGGAGUCAAAAUUUAUGUUCAAUGUAUUUUACUAUCAAUGGUGUCUAAAUGCCUCAGUCAGUGCCUAAUUGCACACACACAAAUUAGACCAUCUUUCUAUAAUCUACCAUAAUAAACGCUGAUGAUAUUUCUAUUAUUUAAAUACUUCUUUAGUUUUCUUUUCACAUUCUUUUCUGGUUUCCAGCCAAUGUUCUGUGUAAAGACAUGUUAAGAUGGAAGGAAAUGCAGUCCUCCAAUUUUUUUUUAACAAGCUUGCAGUGGUACUCACUAAAAGCGUUGUCUUUAAGUCAGUCAAUGACGGAAUAUAAUUCUUGAAAUUAGAGGAUAGUCCCUUAAAGUUUUUUAUGAUCAAUAAAAUAAUCAAUCAACACAAAUCAGCUUACUUUAAUUAAUGUUACAAGCAAAGGCAGUAAUGGGCAAGCCACAGAGCCCCCAGACAUGUCUAAGCCUAACUAUGCAACAAGUCCACAAUCUAAUUUCAGAAUAAAAAAAUUAGAAAGUUCUGUCUGUAUUGCUAAAAUACCUGGAUAGAAACCUUUUAGUGGCUAAAAAGCAGUGCCAGUUUCCUCACUGACUUCCUUUUACUUAGCAAAAUAAUACAAAUACACUUUCCCCCAUGGGAAUUUCAUAAAACUAUGUUCAUUUUGAAGGGGAAGAGAGUGUGGCCUUAAAUGCUUUCUAUUUUCCCCCCUUUGUUAGCCCUUAGGCCAAAACUGGUUGCUCAUCACUGAUAUAAAUCAAAACAGUAUUAUGGACACUGAUAACAAAGUUCCAAAAGACAAAAUGGGUUGAAAUCACAAAUGCAAUGUUUUCACUAAGAUAUGUUGUCCUUGACCUUUGUUUUAAGUGGGAAAUGUUCUUGAUCAAUUUUAGGGCCAUAAAAAUGAAUCUAGUAGCUUCAGCAAUACUUAAUGGAGGUUUUCCUACUAUAGGUAAGAGGUCUCUAGCUUAGAAGGAUCACAUUUGGUCUGGAUGAGAUUAUGACAUUAUCCAUAGCAGGGAAGAUGAUUAUAAUAACUGCUCACCAGGGAUUGAACAAAAAGUCUGUUAUUUGAAGUAAAAUUGCAUUUAUUUGGCACACAGGUAGAUGGUUCUUAAUUAUUAUGAUUCUUAUUUUAUAUUAAUCUAAUUCACAAUUCAAAGAGCUCUGCAUCUUAAGACAGAACUAGCAGUUCCUAUGCAAAUCAUUUGUUAACUGAAUUGUAAAAGUUUUCCUUACAUCCAUUUGUUGAUGACAUAUUCCAUGUUAUAAUUCAAAAUAAAGUUAAUGUACUACCCAACUUA